GAGAAAAUCAUUACAAUCAACAGUUUAACCUAGUGGAACACUCAAACCUGUUCACCAUGUACCUACUAUGGCUUAUAUCUUUUCUUUCCUCAGCUGAAACUCUCAACGUGUCAAAACUCAAACCAGACUGUGACUCAGUUUAUCGUGAAACCUACACAAGCGCAUUUGAAUUUGUCCUAAAAUUAGUGACCAGCAAGGAGACCUACAUGCGGCCCUUUAUUGAUGGCUUGCCUUCAUUUGUUUAUGUGGACAUGUAUGUGACCUCCAUUGCAGAUGUGAAUGAAAAGGCCCAAACCCUCUCAACACAGGUCAAACUGGUGACUGCUUGGUUCAAUGGCAUUCCAUUGUGGGAGUACUACGAAGAAUGUGGAUUCGAACUAUUUCAUGCAAAUAAAGAAUUGUUUUGGACUCCCGACCUUCUUAUUAAAGAGAGCAUCAAGACAGACUAUGGAACAACACCGUCUCCGUAUCUACAGUUGCACAUAUGGCCUAUUUCAGUCUCCAUUGAUAUUUUAGCUCUGACCACGGCUUGCAGGAUGGACUUAUACAAAUUUCCCUUCGACACCCAAACCUGCAAUAUAACAUUUCACUCUGCAGUGCACACAAGUAAGGAACUUGUCAUCCAUCCAUUGUCAGAAGCAAAAUUUAUUACUCAGGAUUCCAAGCAUCUGUUUGAAGCCCAGGGAGAGUGGGAACUCCUCUUGAUCAACCCUUCCAAUUUUAAUGGAACUGUUCUAGGGAAUUUACAUGAUCUGCUGGUAUAUCAGAUCACCAUCAAGAGGAGACCUUUGCUGUAUGUUAUCAACAUUAUCAUUCCUGUGUUCUUCUUCCUUGUGCUGGAUGUGACCUCGUUCUUCAUAGACGCAAAUGGAGCAGACAAGCUGAGCUUUAAAGUGACUUUACUUCUGGCUAUUUCUGUGCUGCUGCUGAUUCUUAAUGACACACUGCCCUCUACGGCUGAUAAACUUCCUCUGAUCGGGAUUUACUGCAGUGUGAUUUUCAGUCUCAUUGGCAUCGGUAUUCUGGAGACCAUCAUUGUAAAUUAUCUGAUGGCUAAAGGAGCUGAGAGGAGAUCGGCUGCAUUAAUGGAAAAAACAGCUGCCGUUACUGGACGAGAUGAUAGUGUCAGAAAUCAGCAGAUUCUUCCAGAUUCCAUCAGAGAUGAGAAUGAGAUUAAUUCUUCAUUGUACUGGGUCCGAGUGGCAAGAGUCACAGACGUGGCCUUCUUCAUUCUAUACAUAAUCACCAUUAUUGUGUUUCUGUCUGUGCUUGGGAAAAAUUGGAUUUCAUAAGUGGUGUCUUGUGUGCCAUUCCAUGCAUUUAAUACAAACUUUGACUCAUAGUUCAUUUACUCAGAGUACUUCAGAAGGAUUAUUGCUUGGAAUUGCUUUAUUAAUAUAUGUAGAAGUGUAGAAUAAUUAAAGCCAAUUUCCCCGUGGUAGUCUUCUUACAGUCGCAUAACUUCACCAUACACGGAUGCACACCUCUCAAAAAUGUACAACAAUUAUAGUAAUUCAAACAAUAUAUAUUUUGGGUCAGUUGGGGGCCAGAGGGAGGACGAGAGCCUCUGUAAAUGACCCGCAGGUCGGCAGUUUGGGACCUCAGGUCUACAUGCAAAAUAUGCACUGUGGGAUAUGCCAAUAAGUUGGCACAGAAGUAUAAAUCCAGGUUUAAUCAGUUGUCA